UAUUAUUGUAUAUUUUAUAUGUUGAUAUUCAUUUGUUAUAUAAUAUGUGUCAUUAUUUUAUUAAAUAGCUAUCAGGCUAUCACCAUUAAUCAGUGAAAGUAUGUGUGCACAUUUUUUUUUUUAACUCAACACACAAAUUCAGAAACACAAAUCCUGUGGACCCCGUCAUUUUAGUUUUGUAUGCAGUGUGUAUGCUGCUUUUCUACAAUCUUUGCACAAAAGAAAUGAUCAAAUCGCAUCUUCAAAAUGAAUGCACGUUCCCACUGCCUUGAGUUAAGCGUUGAAGGUUUUCAAGUAGAUGAAGCUGUCUCCUGUCUUUUUCAUACUGUACUUCUACAUCGAUCACUUGGAAAAUUUUGCUUUGCUCCUGAUGGCACUUAUACCAUGGGCACUGUAGGCUUACAAGAUGUUGACUGCGAUUUCAUUGACUUUACAUAUAUUUGUUGUUCAUCACCACAUUUAGAUCGCAAACUUCGAAAUGACAUUUCAGAAUUUUCUGAAUGUCUCAGGCGUGAUAAUCACACGUUUGGACAGAUCACAUUGGAGUUUUUUCAAAAAAAAAAAGCUAGGUGGCCAUUUCAAUCAGAGUGUACACCUUGGGAAGUGUGGAACGUGCGCGUUGAUUUGUUGAAAAUUUGUAAUGAAACUAAUAGACAAAUAUCUAAGGAAAAAAUAAGUGACUCUUUGAGUGAAAAAAUAAUUUAUAUAGCAGAAAUAAUGAAUAGGCAUGAGUACUUGCCAAGUAUACCACCACAGUCUGAAUUGGAUUUAGUGUUUGAUACAUCAUUUGCUGAUAUUCAACCAUACUUAUUUAAGACAAAUUAUCUAACCAGUGGUGCAAAUAGUCCAUCAGUUGGAUCAGCUGUUCAAAAACUCAUACGAGAUACAUUGUCAUUGUCUUAACUAUAAUUUCUAUUAUAAUCGUUAUUUUUCUGUGUCUACCAAUCACCUAUUAGUGGUAACUUAAAAUUAGUACAAAGUAGAAUUUAUUCAUAAGGUUAGAAUUGUGACAUUUAAUAUUAUUAAUAAGAUGUAGUUUUUGGCUUUUAUUAUUUUAAUUUUUGAUGAAUUCAUUUUAUUUUUAUUAACAAAUAAAUAAAAAUUAUGUUUAAAUAAUACUGAUAAACAUUAAAAAAAAAAAAAAGCAUAAAUAGUUGUUUUAUUUACAACUUUUUCUUGUUAAAGAAGUACUUCAAAUUCCUUAGUCUUUUGUUAUCAAUAAUAAUAAUAGCAAACCACGAUAUAUAUAUAUAUAUUUUUUUUUUUAAUAAUCAAUGUUAUUCACUUAAGUUUUGUCUUCUUUAACUUUCAUAAUAUCCAUUUCUUAUUUUCAAUAUGAUGAUUAAAAAUUUUAAUAUAUCCACUAACUAACAUUUAAAUGUUAUGACCAAGACUGUAAUUUAAUUUAAUUUAAAUAUUAUAUUGGUAGUCAACUCAAAAUAUAUUAGUGGUUGUCUAUCAUUUAAUAAAUGGGUAAUAUUUCAGUAUUUUUUUUGGACAGCUACUUUUAUUUUUAUUCCAUGUACACAUUUUUGUUCUUGUUAAAUUUGUUUUGUUGUCCAAAAAGUAUAACUGAGUGUCAAUUGUUCAUUUUAUUUGUAUGUUGCAUAAACUGACAAUUAUCAGCAAUAAUUUAAUGUGCUUUGUCAUAAAAAAAAUAUUAACGUGAAAAUAAUUUAAA